GGUGUUCCCGGGCCGCAACCGCUUCUACUGCGGCGGCCGCCUCAUGCUGGCCGGCCACGGCGGCGUCUUCGCGCUCACGCUGCUGCUCAUCCUCAGCACCACCGUCCUCUUCUUCUUCUUCGACUGUCCCUACCUGGCCCGCGAGCUGACCCUGGCCAUCCCCAUCAUCGCUGCCAUCCUCUUCUUCUUCGUCAUGAGCUGCCUCCUGCAGACCAGUUUCACUGACCCUGGCAUCCUACCCCGGGCGACCAUCUGUGAAGCAGCCGCCCUGGAGAAGCAGAUUGACAACACAGGCAGCUCCACAUACCGACCGCCCCCUCGGACCCGGGAGGUGAUGAUCAACGGGCAGAUGGUGAAACUGAAGUAUUGCUUCACCUGUAAGAUGUUUCGGCCACCCAGGACCUCACACUGCAGUGUCUGCGACAACUGUGUGGAACGGUUUGACCAUCACUGCCCCUGGGUGGGCAACUGUGUCGGGAGACGGAACUACCGCUUCUUUUAUGCGUUUAUCCUCUCCCUCUCCUUCCUGACGGCCUUCAUCUUCGCCUGCGUGGUCACCCACCUGACUCUGCGUUCUCGAGAAAGCAACUUCCUGUCCACUCUGAAAGAGACACCAGCAAGUGUGCUGGAGUUGGUCAUCUGCUUCUUCUCGAUCUGGUCCAUCCUGGGCCUCUCAGGGUUCCACACUUACCUCGUCGCCUCCAACCUGACGACGAACGAAGACAUCAAAGGGUCUUGGUCCAGCAAGAGGGGCGGUGAGGCGUCUGUCAACCCCUACAGCCAUAAAAGUAUUGUCACCAACUGCUGUGCUGUGCUCUGUGGCCCUCUACCUCCCAGCCUGAUUGACCGGCGGGGAUUCGUGCAGUCUGACGCUGUGUUGCCCUCGCCCAUCAGAAGUGACGAGCCACCCUGUGGGGCCAAGCCAGACGCCAGCAUGGUAGGAGGCCACCCCUGAAUGUGACUCAGUGCUUGCCACCUGCCGCCCUCCAUGCCUGCCGGGACCCUCCCCAUACCAUCCGAGGGAAGCAGAGCUGCCAGAGACUCCAGUCUUUUCCUAUUUAUUUCCCAUCCUGCGUGGCUUUCUCUGAACUGCCCCAUAGCUGGGCCCUCUGCUCCCCAAACCCAGGUUCCCACAGUUCGGACCCUAGGUUCCUGAGCUGAUCAGUGGCAGGAGAGGAGAGCCACAGCCUCGACAGGUCACCAAGGGGACCAUGCCAAGUCAUUGCCUGUGCCAGGGAGGCCCAGUGUGAGUGAGGGUGAGAGCUGAGUGGACGGCCUCCCAGCUGGAGGCUUGCACGGGCCCCGGGGAGUCAAGAGCCUUCUGGAAGCAGGACUGUUGAGCACCUGGCCCUGAAGCACAGGUGGCCUCAGGCCAGCGCCCGUCCUUGAACUGCUUUGUUCCGGGGCUCCUGCGUUCCCUUUGUGAUGAUCAUGGUUAUUUUGGUGGGCUUUUUGCGGGGAGGGUUGUAUGGAAUUGGCCAAUAGGAUAGAGCUGGGUACCAGUAGAGAGAGCCUGGGCCGAGGGUGGGAGGCAGCCGGUGUCAGAGGCAGUCAGACCGGCCAUCCAGGCCCCCAGAAGUUCAGCUCCUGCAGAGUCCUGGGCAGCACAGUAGAAUGGGGAUCCUACCUUCCCCAGCCCACGGAGACGCUAAGGAUCCUUUCCUGUGCCCCCCAAGUCUCUUCCAAGUCAGGGUUAGAGGUGGGUGGGUUAGAUCAUGCUGGCAAUACUUGAAACGGGUUUAUUAAUGCUGGGUAUUUUGCACAAUUUUAUAGACCUCUUUUUUACAUACCCUUUUUUAAAAUAGAAGUUAAUGUGUUACUAUCUGUGUAGUGCCAAGUCAAGGGUUUUCAGAAGGCUAGGUGGUUUAAUACAUUUUUUUUUUUACAGCAGAUCUAGCUGUGAGUGAUUGAGUGUGUGUGUGUGUGUGUGUGUGUGUGUGUGUGUGUGUGUGUGUGUGUGUCCACCUGUGUACAAAUACAGCUGACUUCCAUAUUCCCUGGGCUGUUCCCUUUCCCUCUUACCCUGUGUUCAGGAGCAGCCUGAGGCAUGGGGACUGGGAGGAUGUGCAUUAGUCACAGGAGACCCCUGGGCUCCUGCCUUCUUUCCUUCUGCCACAGCCAUCAGACAGACAACCAGUGGCUAGGGACUCUGCCACCCAGCCCCCAGGUCAGGCUCCCAGCUGUGUUCUGCCCCAACAGGCUGAGGCUAGGUGUGGUGGGUGGGGUGACGGGUCUGGGGAACAGCUGCCAUUCUGCAGAGCCACACCCCCUCCUUGGUGUUCUGCUCUGAGUAUGGGCCCCAGUGCGAGGAUCUAGGAGACGAUGCAUUUCUGCUGAUUAGAAAUGAAGGAAGAAAUAGACUAGGCCAGGAGGCAUGUGGGUUGGCCAGGAGCUCAUAGCAAAUCCUCCUUCUGCUGGGAGCUGUAGUUUCUAAUCAAAAUAGAGACUUGUUCUUCUAGGCCCCGCUUUGGCCCUUCAGGUGGGUGAAGCCCUUGGGUCAUAGCUUAGGAAGUCACUUAACUUCCAUUCCUUGUUCCUGAGGCCAGUGGGUCCCGGACACAGGGGGAAGUGGUGGCUGGGAGAGAUAGCUUCAGAGUCCUAGGCCAUCCUGCAUGGCCCUGGGAGGUAGACAGGGGGGCUGGAGGAGGGCUCCUAACCUGCCUUUUGUUUAAGCCAGUAUUCUUUGUUCCCGCUUGUAAUAAAACUUGUGUUUUUAAGA